UUCUCUUGGCUAAUUAAUCCACAUAUGCUUCAGCAGGGCAUUUGCAAGGAUAUUUUUUAUAAAAGGAAAGAUGCAAGGAGAGGAGGAAAUAGAGCUGCAAUUUUCGCACAUGUGAUGGAGGGUCUGGAGAACAUGGCGUUUGUAGCCAACGCCAAUAGCUUUGUAACAUACUUCUACGACUACAUGAAUUUCAGCUUGACAAAGUCAGCCAACACCCUCACAAACUACAUGGGAACUGCAUUUUUAUUAACCCUCCUCGGUGGCUUCCUCUCUGAUACCUACUUGUCCAGAUUUAAAACCUGCGUCCUCUUCGCUUGCAUUGAGUUGGUGGGAUAUGCCUUACUAACAAUACAAGCACACCAGCCCCAACUAAGACCCUUUCCUUGCAAAGACAUUGGACCAGACCACAAGGACCAGUGCCAGGACCCAACAGCCAGCCAAGUUGCUUUCCUUCAAAGUGGACUAUACCUGAUUGCAUUAGGUACCAGCGGAGUCAAAGCAGCUUUGCCAGCUUUAGGAGCUGAUCAGUUCGACGCCACGGACCCCAAGGAGGCGUCUCUCCUAGCAAGCUUCUUCAACUGGUUCUUGUUUAGCUUCACCUCUGGAGCUAUUCUCGGAGUCACUUUCUUUGUAUGGAUAAGUACCAACCGCGGCUGGGACUGGGGAUUAGGCAUUUCGACCGUCGCUGUAUUCCUUGCUGUCCUCCUUUUAUGCAUGGGUUACUCUUUGUAUCGUAAUAACGUUCCCAAGGGAAGCCCCCUCCUCCGUAUUCUACAGGUUUUUGUGGCUUCGUUCCGAAACCGUAAGCUUCCAAUCCCAGAGAAUGAAGCAGAACUACACGAGGUUCAUGACAAAGAAAAAGGGCAAGACCAUGAGAUUCUUCAGAGGACAGAUCAGUUCCGAUUCUUGGACAAGGCAGCAGUGGUUAGCAGUAAUCCAGGACAAUGGAACUUGUGCACAGUUACACAAGUUGAAGAAACAAAGAUUCUAAUUCGCAUGCUCCCAAUCUUACUAAGUACUAUCUUCAUGAACACGUGUCUGGCGCAGCUUCAGACUUUUACCAUCCAACAAAGCACAACCCUGGACACCAAUCUCUUGGGUUUCAAAAUCCCUGGCCCCUCCAUCCCCGUAUUCCCUCUGCUGAUCAUGUUCUUUACUGUCCCCUUAUAUGACAGGUAUUUUGUUCCGUUCGCUAGAAGAAUCACAGGGAUCCCCACCGGCAUUCGCCACCUCCAGCGGAUUGGAAUUGGCUUGGUGCUCUCUAUCAUUUCCAUGGCAGUUGCCGGAGUGGUCGAGACCCGGCGCAAGUCUGUGGCCUUUCAACAUGGUCUGGUUGACGGUAGUAAGCCUUUGCCAAUGACCGUGUUCUCGCUGGCAAUCCAGUAUGGAAUAUUUGGGUUCGCAGAUAUGUUUACUUUUGUUGGAAUUCUAGAGUUUUUCUAUGAAGAGAGCUCAGCUGGUAUGAGGUCACUAAGCACAGCCAUCUCCUGGAGUUCAUUAGCAUUUGGCUACUUCUUGAGCUCAGUGGUGGUGGAGGUGGUAAACAAAGUAAGUGGUGGAUGGUUAGCUAGUAAUAAUCUCAACAGGGAUAAGCUCAACUACUUCUAUUGGCUAUUGUCAGCGCUCAGUGUGGUGAAUUUUGGGGUCUAUUUGAUGUGUGCUUCUUGGUAUAAAUACAAAAAGGUGGAAGUAAAGGAAGGUGAUUCCAAGUAAAAGGUUGUAAUAGUAACAGUUUAACGAAGGUGCCUGGGAAUGUAUCAUUUAAGGUAGGGAUUUUCCUGAGGCUUUUGUAGUUUUAUAUAUUGCUACCCAAGGGGUUGUGGUUUCGUUGUAUGGUAGCAUUGUACUGCAACUCAUAUAAAUAAAAUUAGCAUAUAUCAGAAUCAUGGGACCUGAUUAAGUGUUGAUAACCGAAUUGUCUAUGGAGUGCAGCUCAAAAUUACCCUAAGAGCCACCAAGAAAGGAUUUUUUCAACUUAUAUACUCUCAACAGUUUCGUAAGUACUAGCAAAGCAGCUGUGUAGCUUAUAAAAUUUUCCAGCAAUUAUAUACCGUUGAGGAAUCAAAUGGAUUAUGUGUAGUUGAAAUAAUAAAUCCCACCAAGAAAAAAUAGCCAAUAAAGGAAAAAUAUGCAAGCAACGGAUAAACCUAGCCACAACAAAUUCAACUAUCUUGAGGGAGAGAGAAGCAAAUAAAAUAAGAAAAGAGAGCAAGAAACAAGCACAUCAAAUAUAACAUGGUUGAUCAAGCUGAUCUACAUCCAUGGGGCAAGCAAGGAAGAGUAUCUUUCAUUAAUUUUGAAAAAUUACAAGCUUGCAGACUCCAACAAUGGCCUCCAAGAGAACACACUCUCUCUAAAACAGGGUUUCUCACUCAUAAUAUAACCCAUAGUUCCAGUCCCAGAAAGAAAUGAUCACUAAAGAAGGGCUAAAAUGUCAUUUUAGCACCCAAUUUUCGCAAUGCUUCUCCAAAACUCCAUUUUUCCUCACGACAAAGACUCAACACCAUUGCACAUCAAAACAAAACACCAUCAAGCUUGUUAACUUCAAGUUAGAGUCAUAUUCAACAUAUAAACAUAUAAUUGCAGCGAAAUCACAAAUUAAAAUCAAGCAUAAACUCAAAACAUUCUAAAGGUAAGCUGUUGUUAAUCUUUUUUGUUACAGGGUUUCUCACUCAUAAUAUAACCCAUCGCUCCAGUCCCAGAAAGAAAUGAUCACUAAAGAAGGGCAAAAAUGUCAUUUUGGCACCCAAUUUUCGCAAUGCUUCUCCAAAACUCCAUUUUUCCUCAC